AUGGCAGGUAAUAAUAACGAGGAUAGAGUAAGAAUUGGUGUUAUAGGUGGUAGUGGAAUUUAUGAAGUUGACCAUUUGAAAACGAUUGAUGAAAUUUACUAUGAAACCCCCUGGGGUUAUCCUAGUAGUAAAAUUACAAUAGCUGAAGAUCCAUGUGGAUUCAAAAUUGCAUUUUUAUCUCGACAUGGUAAAGGACAUAAGUAUAAUCCUUCAGAAAUUCCAACAAGAGCAAAUUUGGCGUUACUUAAAAAUAUUGGUGUAGAAGUUAUUAUAGCAUUUUCAGCUGUGGGUUCAUUACGUGAAGAAAUUAAGCCAAAAGAUUUCGUUUUACCAGAUCAAAUUAUAGAUCGAACGAAAGGGAUUCGUCCUUCUACAUUUUUUGAGGAUGGUUUAAUAGCUCAUGUAUCUUUUGCUGAUCCAUUUAAUCAAAUAUUAUCAGAAUUAAUUUAUAAACAUAAAAAUGUACUAGAAGAAGAAGGAAGUACUUUGCAUCAGAACAAAACUUUAGUAUGUAUGGAAGGGCCAGCUUUUAGUACUAAAGCUGAAUCAAAUUUGUAUCGUAGUUGGGGUUGUGAUAUAAUAAACAUGACUGCUAUACCUGAAGCUAAAUUAGCUAAAGAAUUAGAAAUUGCUUAUCAAAUGGUUUGCAUGUCAACUGAUUAUGAUUGUUGGAAACAAGGUGAAGAGAUUGUUACUGUUGAAAUGGUUGUAAAUAAUAUGACUAAAAAUACUGCGAAUUCUAAAAAAUUAUUAGAAGCAAUUUUGCCGGAUUUAAGACAGUCGUUAAGUGAUGGGAAAUUUGAAUCAAAUAAAGGAUACAUGAAUCAUUCUUUUAUUACAAGUAAGGAAGUAGCAAACAAGGAACAAGUAAAGAAAUUAGAAUUUGUGUUCCCAGAUAUUUUGAAUAGAUUAGGAUUUUCUUCAGAUUGGUUUUAA